AUGGCACGCCCCUCCUGUGGCACUCCCCGCGGGGCGGGGCCAGCUUCUCGAUGUCCCGCCCCCUCCGGUGGCCGGCUGUGCAGCAGUGAGGCUCACCUCUUGAUUCCCGCCCCCUUCAGCCGGCCGGGCCACGGAGCCAUGCAGAUUAUCGGCGCCCCACUUAUUAUCGGGGCCACGCUGGUUAUUGCAACAUCAUUUCCAUUUUCACUCACCAGGGCCUCAGGCUCAGCCUUUCCUCCGGUCAUGGGUGCGCAGGGCACACAGCCCUCUCUACAUGUGUCCGGCUUUUACGAGUAUUACUCUGAGACCAUGUUCACAGGACCGAUGCCUGAGCAGCCACUUCUGACCUUCACAGUGGCUGCAAAGAGCCAAAACCGCAAAGGAGAACACAAAGGAAGAUAUCAAGCAUUUCAGGAAGGCACAUUCCCAGGGGAAGAGCCAGAUUUUAAACGAUUUUCUACACUCACGAAUGUAUCCCGCCACUCGUGGGUUCCAGGUCUGCAUAGAAAGAAUCACGAGCAUCCUGAACACGGCGGUAGGGCCAUGUCCGCGUCUGAGUGUCCUCCACUGUCCAUCACUCCAGUCCUCCGCUUGGUGCUAAUGCCUCCUUGCUGCUCUCUUCUCUUCUGUGUUUCAAGUAGCCAGAGCACACCAAAAAUAAGCUUCAACCUUAGAAAACCAGGCCUUUGUGAUGUAGGCCUUCAUUUACUAUAUAUUGCCAAAGAAACUCCCAGAGCUCAGUUGCUCAAGAGCAAUAGUGCGAUUCAGAUGAUGGAGAAUCCUCUCUUGUCACUGAAAAGCGUUGCUAUUCCAUGGCUGAGCCCUGAACUCACCACCUUUGCAACGGAUAUGAUCCUUGCCAUUGUGGGUGGGGUGGGGCUCUACCUCCUGCUACUGCUACUUCCCUGCUUCAAGGAAAAUCCAUCCUCACCAACACCUGAGAGAAAGAACAAACUGACUAAGUAUCCUGUGGAGAAACGAGGCCAGAUCAAGUGCAGGAAGAAACGUGCUGCUCUGAAAGGUAGGCUCCGCAAGUUCUCCCAAGGGGAUUUGAUCUCGGUCUCUGUCAGCAAGAGUCAGGCCACCAACGCCCUAGGGAAACUCGAUGACACUGGAAGCUUUCAGCGUUUCUUAAAAGGAGAUGCCUUAGGUGAAGUUUUCAACUCAGAAUCUGCUACAGCCCUCCCGUCAGCGAGGGACUCUGAGGAGGACACUUUCUCCAGCACUGUGUCCCUGAAGGCUUCCCCAUCUCCUUCACCCCAGGGCUUGCAGCCUCUGGCCUCUACCUUGUCACCAGUCCACAUGGGUUCCUCAGUUUCUGUUGAGUCACACUCAUCCCAGAGUGUGUCUCAGCCUCCGGAGCCGUCGAUUGCUCUAGGAGAAGGGUCUUUUCCCUGUUCUCAUUUUCCUCCACCUGUGGCCUGCACUCCACCCAGGCACGACUCACACUCGGGUCUUCCCCCAUGUGACAUCAGGGAAGUCCCACCAGAAACCACCCCACAGAGCUCUCCAACCAACAGCUCUCGGGUGCCUUCUCCUAUCCCAACCCUCAACUCUGAUCUCCUGGAGUUGCCAUACAGAGUAAUUAGUAAGAGGGCAAAGCUGAAAUCAGCUUCUCAGGAGAAAGAACACCCUCUGGAUUCUCGGGGGAACAUGAUGAAGUCACUAGGCAGUGCACAAGACACUGCCAUCCCUCAGCCCUUCUGGAACACCGAGGGAAAACCACAGCAGCUUCCUGAUUCUCAGGAGCUGUUUUUCCCCAUGGUCUUGCAGAAAUGCUGCCAACUGUUCUGGGGCCUUCCCUUCCUGCACAGCGAGUCUCUGGUGGCUCCUGUCCAAAUGUCUGGUCAUCCACUAGACUUACCCUUUAUUUUAUUCAAUAGUUUCUUGCACUUAGUGCCGGUACAAGUCCAAGCUAAAGUACCUCCACCGUACUUUCUACCACAGCCUUUACAGCACCAUUUGGUCAAAUCACAACCCUUCACUCCAACCGUAUCCUGGCCUCAGCCUUCCUCAGUGGCUGAGAUCCAGACCUAUGCCCAUGGCACCUUCUGUACCCUAAUACAAUCCUGUACUUCACCUCCAGUGAGGUCCUGUACAAUCCCCCCUGUUGUUCAACAAUUAGACCAUCAUCUCAAGAAGAAACACCUACAAUGUCAUAGAACUUUACCCUCUGUGGUCAAACAGUCUCACAAAACCUUUAGUCAAGAACAGGGUACCUGGAACCAGAGAGGCUUUAGUGAUGAUUCCAGUGAUUUUAUUAGGCUAGAGAUGAGGAAAAAGCUGGAACAUCACCUCCAAGGGAGGAUCCUACAGCACCUAUGUAAAACAAAUCACAAGAUCCAGCUGUCACCUAAGAAUUUGACAGGAAGAGAUCAGACAGACCACAAACAUGCAUUUUUACAAAACUCUACAUCUGUAGAGAAUUGGUACCUGAAUAUUCAGAAAACAACCCCAGAGUGUCCAGUAUCCCAAGGAUGGAAGAACUCUAGAACGGAUCUGCAAUUCUCUAUGAAGAGAGUAGUGAGAGCUCUAGACAGGAAUGCAGAAAGCUCCUCAGGGGAUUUUCUAGAGGCCAAAACACAGAAAAAAUUAGAAAGCGACAUGAUGAGACCAAGUAGUGAUUCAGGAUAUUUUCCCCCAACUCAUUCAAAUAAGAACUAUCUAGGAGAAACCCCAAUAGCACAUCUCAUCACUAAAUGGGAGCAGACCUGUAGCGACAAGGUCCCUAUGCAUGUUUGUCAUUACCGGGGCAAGACAAAUCAUGCCUUGCCCGCCCGUGGUAACUCCAACUCUAGCAAGAACACUGGCGGAGAACGACCCUUAAAUACCAGGGAAACCUGCAAGAGCUCCUCCCAGGAGGUUUCCCACAUUGAUGCUGCCACUCAACAGCUGCUAGAUGUGCAUAUCAAGAAGCUUUGGGCAAAGCACCAGUGGGGCUUAUGCCUAAAAAUUCUCAAACCGAUAAACAUCCUUACUCUGAAAAAGGCUCCCCCUUUACCAACUUCACAGGGAGCUUCACCCUACAUGGCCUGUAGUAACUUCAAGGCCUAUCACACAGUGAAGGAGGGUGCAUGCCAGAGAGAAGCCCUUCCCAAAGAACAAAAGAGCAAAGAAAGAGAAAAAACUGAAGGCCAUGCCUUACAACCUUCUCAACCUCCUUCACAACCUGAAACCCCGAGGGGAACACAGGAUAAUCAUAACUGUGGUCCCUUGGAGGUCUCUCCUAGUGGAGAGGAAUGUAGACUGCUUUCUGAGACUCCAUCUUGUAUCUUACUAGGAAGAAAGUGGCACCAUAACAUUGUGCCAGAAUCAGAAGGAAGCAGUUUAGAAACAACAAAUAGCCCAGAAAUGGGCAUAUCUGCAACAAAUGAAAAAAAAAACCUCUGCCACAGUGUGUCCAUUAAAGAGGUCUUUGUUACACCCAAUUCUGAGUACACAGAAGGUCUCAUGGAAAUGGGAGAGUAUAAAAAGCCCACUAACCUGGAUUUCAAUAACUUGAAACUCAGAAAUUCAGAACUAGUGAGGACCACUGAAACACUAUUACCACCGAGAAUUUCAAUUUCCAACUAUCCACUUGAUUCAUACUUUAAAGAACACACAGGAUCAACCAGUACAAGCGAAAGCACCCCUUUUGAUGAUAUCCUUCAGGACUGCAAUGCUGACCCAUUCCUGCAAGGUGGUGCCCCCGAGAUGCUGAUUGCUGACGACAUGUUUGCUUCUCAGAGCUCUCUAACUAGCUCAGAGAACCUUUCUGGAAGCAGCACAUCCACUUUCUAUGAGCGACGCACUCCCUUGCCAAAGGGAGUGCAAAUCAUGAAGCAGCAAGAACCUAAGACAUCUAAACUCCAGCAGCCAUGGUACAGCAAAAUGUUUCAUGGGCAUAAUGAGACACAGAGCUGUGAGAGGCCCAAAGCUCCAACACAGAAGGCAAAGCCAGCAGGAAUGAGGCCCUCACAAGGCUGGAAGCUGAACUCUCCUGCCCAGGUUAGGAAAACAAGAACUGUGAAGAACUCCAGCCUACCUGUGUCAGAGAAAGCACAGCAUCCCCCGGAGAGUCAGUUCGGAAACCGAAUAAUGAAGUUUUUUAUGUCUAUUUUCCCUAGAAAAGUCUACAGUCAGGCAGACUCACUGUCAAAUUCAAAAAUCCAGUCAGCCAAUAGCAAGAACCAAGACUUAACAAGCAGAAUCCAAGACAGUGGAGGGCCUGAAGCCCAGACACUCAAGAACACCAUUGGGUGA